UUUCUUUUCCUUCUAUUUCAGAGUCACUUUUCUAUACUCCGAGCUGCUAGUAUUCUAGGCAUUGGCACAGAUAACUUAGUUAAAAUUAGCUGUGAUCAUAGAGGAAAAAUGAAAGUGGCUGAACUUGAAGAAAAAAUAAUCGCUGCGAAGAUUGGCGGCAAAUUACCGUUCUUUGUGAAUGCCACUUGUGGAACGACGAUACUCGGAGCAUUCGACCCUGUUAAUGACAUUGCAGAUGUGUGCGAGCGUCACAAUGUCUGGCUCCAUGUUGAUGGAGCAUGGGGUGGUUCAGUACUUAUGUCCAAGAAACAUCGACAUUUGUUGAACGGAAUUGAAAGAGCCAACUCCCUGACGUGGAACCCACACAAACUACUUGGAGUACCACUGCAGUGCUCAGCCUUCCUGUUGCGAGAGAAAGGAAUCAUGCAGCAGUGCAAUGAGAUGCAUGCAGACUACCUGUUCCAGAAGGACAAGAAUUAUGAAGUGAUUUACGACACUGGAGAUAAGACAAUUCAAUGCGGCAGACAUAAUGACAUCUUUAAGUUCUGGUUAAUGUGGAGGGCAAAGGGAGAAAAGGGAUUCGAAGCCCACAUCAACAGAAUGUUUGAACUUGGAAAUUAUUUGAGAGAUUUGAUACGAAAGCGUGAAGGAUUCAAGUUCGUAUUAGAAAAGAAAAAUAUAUCGCCGACAGGUUUUUCUGCAAAAUAUGGAUAG